CAUCGACUACAUGAUACAAAUAUUUAUUGCCGGGUUUUCGACUCUCGCGUAGUUGGGUUUACCGAAGCAAGGGAUACGUUUCUUCCAACGGAUAAGAAGACACCACGAAAGCUUCUCGAACUCAGAAACAACUCUGUCGUACACAUCCUUCCAGAUUGCUCUCCUCGCUCUCCAUCCACCCUUCACCACUCCAACCCAAGACCCGAACCAUGAACCUUGUAGUCCGCCAACUCGCCUGCCUACCUUCCAGACGAAUAUUGCAUACUUCAGUCAGAGCUACCACUGCUUCUUGCAUAUUCCCAACCUCUAGACCAAACCUUACCUUCACAAGCCCUCGACGCAUUCGCAGUUUUCGCACAACCGCUAGACUAAGACAGAAAGACAAGGACGAACCAGAAUGGCUUAUGGAACUUAGAAGAGCAGCCGAAGUCAUAACCUCCACGGACGUAUCUGGUCUAGACACAGAUGGAACGGUUGAAGCAUGGGAGAAAGCGCUCCGAAAAGCUGGCUUGGGAUCUGUCUACGAUCGAAUCGACCGGUUGGCCGAUAGGAUGCAUCGCUGGGUCAGAAAUGCUUUUCUCCUUGGAGUGGGCUUGUUCUUUGGUAGAUGGAUUGGAGGUCGUAACGAUGCAAAGGAAACCAAAGCUCAUGAUGUUGGGAUGUCGAAGACUUGGGAUCUUGACUAGUACCGG